UUCCUUUGUGGUGUAGGAGUCAUGGCCCGGCAUUUCGACUUUGAUUCCAUCAUCAAAGAUCCAGAGUUUGAAGCAAAAAUAUUCCCUGCGCAUCUCGUACGGCCAGAUCUUUCAUUGGGAACCGACGAUUUAGAUCUGCAUGAUUCUGAGAAACCACGGCGGAUACGUGAUAACGUCUUCGAUGUGCUUUUCUUUUUCUCCAGCAGUAAUGUGCCCAGUAUGCGAUUCAAAGCAUUUGUUGCACUCGGUCAUCUCUGCGCUCGAUAUCCUGAGUAUCUGAUGUGUCGAGGUGUAAAGAAUAUGUACCAUGUACUGCUAAGUUCCGAUGAUCCCAACUUUACCGAAAUGCGACUGCAAGCUCUCCAGAAUCUGGAGGAGUUUCUCAAAUCGGAAGAGUUGAAGUUGAUCAAAGGAGAUCAGAUUUGGGAAAGGAAAAGAGCAAGAGAAUCUCAAAGAGAUGGACCAAGCUGGAUCGGGUCUGGGAUCGACUGUGAUCCAAAUUUAUUGGCAGGCUGUUUUACAAGGAUACUUUUCGAGUAA